AUGCGGGCUUACUCUAAUUUGAAAAGUGUUUAUACAGACAAGAAUUCUGGUCUGGUGUGGUUUGGUGUGGCCUCUGUAUAUUCAAUAUGUGUUGUGAAGAGCUCUAAGAUUAACGUGUGUAGUGACAUCGCAAGUACGACUGAAGAAUUGGCUGGCACAUUACAGUGUGGUAACAACGUGGUGGAAAGCUGCAGUUCUAUAUGUAGCCGCGUUCUUCAC